AUGUCAAAGCUGAUUCAAAAGAAGAAGGUGGGUGCACCCAUCUUGACCAAUAAGGAAGAUGAGAACUUUUAUGAAGCAUUGAAGUUAUACGAUCAGCUGCAGCACAAAAAAGCUUUAAAACUUGUGACUGCCAGUUUGAAGAAAAAUAGUAAUCAUGCUGCAUGUUUGGCGUUGAAAGGAUGCCUCAACUAUCAGCUUGGCAACAAAUCCGAGGCCGAGGCUCCAAUCUUAAAGGCAAUUGGAAAGGAACCCAGAAAUCACUAUGUUAAUCACUUGGCUGGAAUGUACUAUAAGUUAAUCGAUAACUACGAAGAAGCUGCCAAGUGGAUGAAGGCUGCAGUUGAUAAUGGCUCCCCUAAUACGGGAAUCAUUAGAGAUUUGGCUUAUGUUCAAACACAGAUUAGAGAUUACAAGAACUUAGUGGUUACCAGACAACAAUUUUUGGAGAAGCAACCUGGUUAUAGAGCAAACUGGACCAGUGUGGCAGUUGCUCACCAUAUGAAUGGUGAUCAUCAACAAGCAUACACUACAUUACAGAAAAUUGAGGAUAUCAUUAGAGAACACUUGAAUGAGGGGGACAGAUAUGAACAAAGUGAAUGUAUUCUUUAUAAAAUUCAAUUGAUAGGUGAAAGCGGAUUAGUUGAAAAGGCGUUAGACCAACUUGAAAAAGAUGAGAGGGAAAUCAAGGAUAAGUUGGCGUUUUUGGAGAUGAAGGGUCGUUAUUUGCUUAUGUUAAACCGCAAGAAAGAAGCAAGCGUGGUAUACCGUCAACUUUUGAAGCGUAAUCCCGACAACGUCCAGUUUUACAUUUUGCUCGAAACAUCUUUGGAAUCUGCUUCAAAACCAGUUGAAAUAAGAUUGAAAUUAUUUGACAAAUUAGCUUCAUUUUAUCCUAAAUCAGAUCCACCAAAGUUUGUACCUUUAUUAUUCUUACCUGCUUCUCAUCCUGAAUUCAAGUCAAGAGUGCGAGAAUAUUUGUUGUCUCAAUUGAAAAGAGGAUUUCCAGCUACUUUCGUCAACUUGAAGCCAUUAUACAAGAACCUGGCCAAGAGAGCUAUUAUUUUUGACAUAGUCAAUGAAUUCCAUAACCUUGAGUUAUCUCAGUUUGAUCCUACCGUUGCUGUUUGGACUAAGUUUUUUCUUGCCCAACAUUAUUUGUAUGUCAAUGAUUUAGAAAAGGCAGAGGAGUCCAUUAAUGAAGCCAUUGAGCAUACUCCCACUUUAGUUGAAUUGUAUAUUCUUAAGGCUAGAAUUAUAAAGCACAAGGGCGAUUAUGAAUUAGCAAGUGCUAUUAUGGAAGAGGGCCGUGAGUUAGAUUUGCAGGAUCGGUUCAUUAAUUCUAAAUCAACAAAGUAUCUUCUCAGAGCUAAUAAGGUUGACCAGGCUAUUGAUACUAUUUCCUUGUUCACAAAGCUUGACAAGGAUGCAGCCAAUGGUUUGAAGGAUUUACAUGUUAUGCAAGCAAACUGGGUUUUAGUCGAGAGUGCUGAGGCUUACGUUAGAAUAUACAAAAACUAUGUUAAGCAGUUACAAGCCCUUGAAGCUAAGGAUGAACAUGAAGAAGGCGAUAAGAAUAUUGAAGAAGAGAAGGAAGAAAUUUUGGAAAACAUUGAUAUGUAUAUGGGAUUGGCUUUGAAGAGAUACAAUGCAAUUGUCAAAAACUUUAAGAUAUUUUUCCAAGAUCAAUACGAUUUCCAUAGUUAUUGUCCAAGGCGUGGUACUCCUAGAGAUUAUGUGGAAACGUUGAAGUGGGAGGAUAAGAUCCAUACUACUCCAAUUUAUAUCCGGGUUAUCAAGGGAUUAUCCGGAAUUAUGUUUGAAAUCUAUGAUGAUCAAGUAAGAAAGCACAAUGCUCAAUUAAAGGAGCUAUUAGAAGAAGAAGACACCAAGUCAAAGAAAAAAUCCAAUGGGAAGAAGAAACUGAAAUCUCCCAAAUCUCAAUUGAUCAAAAAGAAAUCUAAAUUGGUCCCAUUGGUAGAACUGGAAAAGGAUGACCAGGAUCCAUUUGGAUCGAAGGCGCUUUCUGAUUUACAAAAUAAUGCGAAUGGUAAGAUUAUGGAUAUUUUGCUUGAGUUGGCUAAAACUGUUUCAGAUGAAGAUCCAAUGUUGAAGACCCCAUGGGAAAUUGUCAUCAACGUAUAUUUAAAUGAAGGGAAAUACGUGUUGGCCCUUCAAGCCAUCCGUAGCUUAGAGAAGGUCAUGACUCGUAGGGGUUCAGCCAAAUCGAGAUUAGUUGGUGAAUAUGUUUUGAAAUUGGACGAAUCAAUUAAUAAAGAUACUCAAAUCAACUCUGCUAUUGCUCAAGUUGUUAGCAAAAGUAUUAUUGCUGCGUUCCCAGAAUUUACGAAGGAUGCACCCGACGCAUUUUUAGCUAUUUACUGUCAAUAA